AUGGCUACUGAAACAGAGAUCCUCUCGCAAUCCUGGUUCGACCGGGCUCGCUUUAUCCCGCCCGAUGCGAUCUUUGCUUUGACUGCUCAGUAUUUGGCAGAUCCGUCGCCUCGCAAGGUCAAUUUGGGCCAAGGAACAUACCGGGACGAAAAUGGAAGUCCAUGGGUACUUCCGUCGUCGACAGCUGUUAUCUACACAGGGGCUGAACCACGAGUAUCUCCCAAUUGUCGGUCUGGCAGAGUUUCGCAAAGAGGCAGCGAGACUGGCAUUGGGGGACGCACUUUUCAGAAGGAAAGAGAAUCAGGCAUGCAUAACCCUGCAGUAUCGAAUCAAGGGGCUAAUCCAGAACAGCUCGCAACGUGCCAAAGUCUCUCCGGCACUGGAGCUCUGCAUCUUGCUGGGCUAUUGCUACGAGCAUGCAAGACACCUUUGCCAAAGAUAUACAUCCCUGAGCCGACCUGGUCUAACCAUCACCAAGUGUUCUCAUCGCUCGGAUUCCAAUGUGAAAGCUUUAGAUACUACAGUCCCGAGACUAGAGACUUGGAUAUUGAUUCCUAUUAUGCGACUCUGAAGUCGGCUGAACCGAACUCCGUGGUUAUCAUUCAUGCGUGCGCUCAGAACCCGACCGGAUGUGACCCGAGCAAGGAACAAUGGCGAGAGCUUGCGCGCCUUUUCAAAGAGAGACAGCUGUUCCCUCUUUUUGACGCUGCCUAUCUCGGAUUCAACUCGGGCAAUGUGGAUAGCGAUGCUUUUGCCAUUCGAUUGUUCAUUGAGGAAACAGGGUUAGAAGCUGGAGUUUGUCUGUCCUUUGCGAAGAACAUGGGACUUUAUGGGGAGAGAGUUGGUUGUUUUUUACUCGCGACAAAUACCGAGCAAGCGGCCAUCAAGACCCAAUCAAUGCUCGAAAUGCUUCAGCGAUCCGAAGUCUCAAAUCCGCCGGCUUAUGGUGCGAAGAUUGCCAGCACCAUAUUAUCAAGCACUACCCUGAGGCAGGCUUGGUAUGACGAUCUGAUCACCAUGAGUAACCGUAUUCGAUCAAUGAGGAUGGCAUUGUAUGACAAGUUGGUUUCAACGGGUACACCGGGGUCCUGGGAGCAUCUCAUUCGCCAAUCCGGAAUGUUUGGCUUCUUGGGGCUGUCCCCAAGUAUCGUCCUUACGCUGCGUGAGCACUAUCAUAUCUAUAUGGCAGACAACUCUAGGAUCUCCAUUGCCGGACUCAAUGAGGAUAAUGUGGAGUAUGUUGGACAGUCCAUAGCUGAGUGUUUGAAACAGUGUUAG